AUGAUGCUUUCUCAGUUGUGCUGCUUGCAAGAGUACUUGGCGCUCUUAUAUCCUGUUUACGAUGGGCGGAGCUAUGGUCGUUCACCUCUGUUUUCACACUGCAAGCAAACAAUCUGGAAACACCUUGAAACCUCAUCGCCGGAGCUGCAACCAGGGUCGGAUUAUAUAAGGCAGCAGCCUCUCUUGUUGUGGCACAAGUUGCAUCCACUGAUUGUGAUCACCAUGAAUACAUCUCUGUUCUUCCUUGCUGCUGUAGCAGCCGUCGCUGCUGACAAGAUCCCCGACUUCGUCGUCCCAGGAAAAUGUCCUGUUGUGGACGAGAAAUCACUCUUCGACGAACAGAUUCCUAAUCAUCCUAAGUAUGCUGGUGUUUGGUACGAAAUUGCUCUCACAAACAACCCAUACCAACUCCUCAAGCAAUGCGUCCGCAACGAAUAUUCCUUUGGUAAGAUGGAUUUUCAUUAA